AUCACAUGGACAUAGACCAACGCUUCGGCGCUGAAUCCAUUGAAGAAUCCCAAACUGGCCAGGAACUGUCGUGUAAGCAUGAUCCCGACGCCAUCCCCCAACGCAGUUCUGAUACGGCCAGCGGCUGCUUCGACUGCAACAUCUGCUUGGAUUUCGCCCAAGACCCGGUCGUCACGCUCUGUGGCCACCUCUAUUGCUGGCCAUGCAUUUACAAGUGGCUAACCCACAAGAACACCACAAGCCAGCAAUGCCCCGUCUGCAAGGCUGCUCUCUCUCAGGCGGCUGUGGUUCCACUCUAUGGUCGGGGCCAUGGCACCACGCAGACCGACUGUGAUACCAUGUGUCCCCAACCUGCCACUAGUCCAGACAUCCCACACAGACCAUCUGCCUACAGAGCCGAGCACUCCCGCCCACAUCAACACCACGAUCAUCCACAAUCUCCACGCCGUCGUCGACGUGAAUAUCAAAAUGACCCUCAUUACGAUCAAUCACCAAUGUUGAAUCUUGGUGGGACGGCCCGUGUCUUCCAUCCGACAGCCGCGACCUUUGGCGGGACAGCCAUUGCAGUACUUCCUUGGGUGUUUGGAUAUCCUGAGGCGGGAUUGUACUAUAACCCUUACUACCCUAUGGGGAGUGCAAACAGCCCCCGGCUAAGACGGCAGGAGAUGCAGGCCGAGCGAUCCCUUGGUAGGAUUUCUGCCUUUCUGUUCUGCUGCAUAAUUAUCUGCCUCCUUUUGUUCUGAAGCGCUCUCCCUCGUUGGCCUCUUUCCUAUACUUGUAAAUAGGGGAAGAGAUCCGGUGCCCUCCAUCCAUCACUGCUCGUGCGGCACAUGUGCAGUAAUCUGAACCAUAUGUAUUGUGGGCCCCACCACUAUCAUAACCAUCAGUCAAAACAUCCCUGUCUGGACACUGAUUUUUGGUAUAUGGUCAAUUGAACUUUUAUAUGGAUGGUUGGCUCGCACGAGUGUACGCCAAAUGGGCCACAAGGAAAUGGAAGGACUGGAUCAGCUCCCUGUAUAUAGAGGGCUCAUAUAUAAAUCUCAUUAAACUUGGGGGGGUGAUUUCAAGAUACAGAGGGCUGUUGGAGUGGAAGGAAGAAAUUUGCAGGGGUUGGUAUCUAUAAAAAAACGAGUAUCUUCCCACGUAGAAAUCUUGCCGUUGUAUAUUUCUGUUGAAAAACCUAUGCUUAUUUCUAAUGACACUGAAACUUUUACACUAUCUGCUGGUAAUUUAGUUU